GCGAUGACUCAGGUAAGAGGAAGCUAGGGCAUGACGGUUGAAAGUUGAUAAUAAACGGCAGACAUCGAAGUUGUUGAUACCUGUAAAAGUGUAAAGUUUGUGAGCUUUUCUAAUGACCUCACACCUGUAAUCAGCCAUGAAGGAGAAGGAUCUUGACAAGGAUACGAUUGUAGCGUACCACGCGUACCUGCAGACGCGGAUCCAUAACGAGCUGAAUGGCGUUGGUUUGGGCCCGGGUUGGCUUCCGUGUCGGAUGGGACUGGUGUGUAUAGCGCUCUCCGUGGCGUCCCUCGUCACAGGUGUGUUGGUCAUAACACUGAGACACCGCCAUGUCUACUUGGUGGACUGGUGGCACGCUUUCGUCGGACCAUUCUUCAUCAUCCUGUUUCUUAUAUUGAUGACGCUAGCUUGCUACCUGAUCAUCACGGCCAAGAGACGCAGCAAUCAGUACAGACGCGAACUGUUUUUCCGGCCAAUCGGUGACUAUGGCGUCGCAGUGGUGCACAAGAGCACGCUCAUCCAUGAACAGGAGCACAAGUCGGACCUGAAGACUGGCACCACCCCACACAGAACAGUCAUGCCCAGAUCCGAGGCCUUCUCCUCUCACGGGCGGGAACGCAAGCAGGGUCAUGAGAACCGAGGCUACAAUCACAAUGGUCAUGAGGAUCGUCAUCAGCGGGACGGCAGAGACAGGCGACACCAUGAUGAUGACCGGAGACGCCAUGAUGACCGCCACAGGGACAGGGAUCGUGAUGACAGAAGACGCCAUGAUGACCGUGAGAGAAAGAGGCACCCAGACGACAGACGAGAUGACCAUCGCAGACCUCCCAGAGAUGAGAGAGAUAGAGGUGAGAAAAGGCGACCUCCGCCAGAGAAUCGUGAGAAAGGAGACUAUGAGAAAAGACGACCACCCCCAGAUGACCGCGAGAGAGGAGACUACGAGAAAAGGCGACCACCCCCAGAUGACCGCGAGAGAGGAGACUACGAGAAAAGGCGACCACCACCAGAUGACCGCAUGAGAGGAGAUGAGAAAGUGCGACCACCACCAGACAACAGUGAGCAAAGAACAUCAUCUCAGGGCGGGCGGAGGGCGGCACGGGGAGCACCAAGGCUCCAUGUCACAGAUACCUCUAAGGACAGUAAAAUUGUUUUGGAUGCUGACUUUGGGAAGCCCGCUGAUGACGAGUCAGAGUUAUAGAUGACCUUGACCUGUCGCCAAAGACCUUGUCCACCCCGAGCCAGAUCUGUAGCAACUAGGAAACACACAUUUGAUUUGUAUGUGAAUUUAAUUCCAUUGCGAGUUACCUGAUGUAUGAUUUCUCCCCAAGUGCUAUUACAAAUACCCAUCCUUGGCUUGAAGGGCAUCCUCAUAAUAAACUUUAGUGGGGGACCUUCCAAGCAGUGAGCUUUGUUGAUUUUUAAGUGAACUCCAGUGGUGCUGACGCUCACACAUGAGGGAGUACUGUUUCAUGCAGCAUCUGCUGUGUUACAGCCAUUCGCAGCAAAUCUGAUCAAAUACAUAAUGCUAACAAGAUCAUGUCUGUGUGAUGUAUUUCUCCAGCCUUGCAUAUAUGUGCAAAUAUAGCGGCAUGUAGUCCCUGCACAACAUUGGAGAUAUCUGAUUGUAAAAUCAUUUAGAACAUCUUUUGGAAGCUUGUUUAUAUUAAGUAGUUUGUAGAAAUACAUCAGCAUUUUUUUUAUUUUCAAGGUCUUAAGAAAUAAUCAUUAACGACAUACAUAAAAUCUAUAGACGUCCUGUAUGUCAAAACACAUUUUCAUAUUUUUAUCUUCAUAAUCAUGAUUGAUGUCCAUAAUUGUAAAUGUAUCAUUUUAACUGUCUGUCCAUGAUUAUACGGUUCCCUUCAGACGAUGAUGGCAAUACAUGUACAUACAUAACAUUCCAUAGGGUCUCUUGCUGAUUUCUAACCUAUUUUGGAAAAGGUUUUACCAUACAUUAUCUGCCGCAAAGGAAGCAGGGAUGAUUUAGUGUUGUAACAUAUAACAUUCCAAAUCAAUAUUAGAUUUUUUUUUAUAAAUCUGUACACUAUUUUAAUAAACAUUUUAUAUAAAAAACA